UUUCAUUAAAUAGACAGUUGUAACAUGAAUAUAAGGAAAUAAUAAUAAAUUACUGGUAGUGUUGUCAUACAAGCAGAAAUAUUAAUUUAUUUCACACUUAGGUAGAUUGGCAUAUUUGCUAAAAAAUAGAGAGCAAAAUUGUUAGUUUACAAGGCCAUAAUUCCUUCAACGAUAGAUCGCUACAGUAGAGGAUGAUUAGGAGGUAGUUGCUCAUUCACUUUUGAACACCCAACUUGUAUGUUGAUGUUCGAGGCAGUGACAGCGAAUUUGUUGGUAGUUCAUUUUGACAAUCGUUACACGACAAUUAAAAAAUUACGAUUUUAAAAUAUGUCGACGACGAAGUUUGUAAAAGAAUUUUGUGAUAUUAUCGAGUCUUACGGCGGUCGAGAUAAGGUGAUGAAAGCACUUUGUUACAGCGCCAAACUUGUCGCCGGCUAUCAUGCCAAACGUAAUCCGGAGUUAGCCAAACGCUAUGCCAUCACCAGCUCACGUAUUUCAGGCGCUCGUGCCACUCUCCGUCUCAUCGAUGACAUUCCCAUGAUCCAAUACGCUUUGGAGUACGGCUUAGGCGAAGGGGAACCAGACCGUCUAAUGGCAGUAUUGGGGGUCACAGCGAAUAUUGUGGACUUACUUUAUUAUCCAAUUGAAAAAAUUUGUUGGCUGUCGGACAACAAUAUACUCGAUGUAAAAAACGCCGAUGCUUGGGAUGUGCUUAACUCAACGUUUUGGGUACUUUCCGUUUACUUGAAUUUAAUGAGAACAAUGCGCAAUUACGCAUUGAAUCAACAAAAGGUGGACGCAUCGAACGUUGCUAACUCUAGUGUGGAUGAAAAAUUACUUAAAAAGCAUCGCCUGGAAUUGCUCUCCGUUCUACGGCUCUCACUCGACUUUACCCACGCCGUCAGCACUCUGCCUAGAGGCUACCUUUGGGGCGGAAAGCUGUCUACAUUACAAGUGGGCGCGAUCGGCACGCUGUCGGCGGCUAUUGGCAUUUACCAGCUGUUUGCCAAACGACGUUUAAAUAAAUAAAAAAGGAUACUGUUCCUACAGGCACACCUAUAUAUGCCUGCUACUUUGGAAACAUAUCGCCUUAGCACUACUAACUGUAUUUUACAUUUACACUGUGCUGUGUAUUUGUUGAUUUUUAUUCCUCAAGUUUUAGUUUAAUCCAAUUUUGUGUAUUUGUGAUGGGUAAGCCACCCAGCGCAUACAAGAAAAACAAAAGUUGCAUUGUGUGUUUACAUACAUUUUGUACUUGUAAAUGUAUACUUAUGCGUAAAGCAUUUACGUCAUUUUUAUGUGAAGUCAAUGUACAUAACUCAAAGCAAUCAAAGACAGUGCAAUAUAUUCGCCUUCUUGAACGUUUAAUCAUCGUGUAAUAGUUUUAUAUUAUAUUAUAUUAACAUGUAUGUAAAUGUAUACAAAAGGAUGUGAUAUGGAAAUAAUGUUUGUAGGAAAAGAAAGAGUAAAAUUAUUUUUAAAAAUAUUA